AUGGUAGAGUCCCAAUUGGCUCAAUUGGCCGAAAGGUCGGGAACCACCAAUGAUGAUCCAAAGAAGAGGGUUAGUGAUGAGAAGAGAAGUGAGAAAGAGGUGGUUGAGGAUAGGGAUAUUCAGAUGGAAAAGGGCAUUGAGAAAAACAAGCUUAGCGAAAAGAAGACACCUUUACCCCCUAGUGAUGCUAGGAAUCUGGAUAGACUGGUGGCCUAUCUCAGUAGGCUAGUGGAAAGGAAGUUAAAUGAGAAGUUUGUGAAGUUUAUAAGGGUGAUGAAGGGUCUACACAUCAAUAUUUUCUUCCUUGAGGCAAUCACACAAAUUCCUUUCUAUGCAAAGUUUCUCAAAGGAAUUCUUUCCAACAAAAAGAAGACCGGUGAAGAUCUCGUGACUCUUCUUUUUCAGGUUAGUGCUCUAGUGCAACAUAAGAUGCCAAAGGAGCAACAAGAUCUCUGGAGCUUUACUUUGCCGGGUAAUAUUGGGAAUUCGGAAGCAAAGGGUGCCUUGGCAGAUGCUAGUGUCAGUUUGAUUCCAUUUUCCAUUGCUCAACAACUCAACAUUGAAUUGAUCCAUACAAGGAAGAAAAUUCAACUUGUCGACCGAUCUUUAAAGUUGCCAUGCGGAGAGCUUAAGGAUGUUCCCAUUCAAGUGGGACAUAUCUAUGUUCCUUGUGAUCUUAAAUGUCAUGGACAUGGAGGAAGAUGA